CUGCCCAUUCCUUGUUGCCGCUAAAUCGUGCUUCACGCUAUCCGAUCCGUCAGUCGUUCGUCGUGCUGCCAUCACCCUGUGAGAUUUCCGAUUUGGGUGCGCCAAUUCACGCCAUCCAUUUCUUCGCUCGCCACUCACCUCAAGAUGCACGAUACUCUCGGAAUCGACAAGCCUCGCCUUCACACACCACGCACUGCUGUGAAAGCACGGCCGUCUUGGAAACCUUAAGUGCAG